AUGCGUCACUGUUCAGAUGCACCUGCCUGGAAGCACUUUGAUAAGAAGCAUCGAUCUUUUUCAGAGGAAAGUCGUAAUGUUAGAUUGGGGCUAUCAACAGAUGGGUUUCAACCAUUUGGACAAACGGGAAAACAAUAUUCAUCUUGGCCAGUAAUUGUGACACCAUACAACUUGCCUCCUUGGAUAUGUGUCAACACAUACGAUAUCUCUAAGAAGCAAAAUUUCAAAAUGCGAGCUGCUUUGAUGUGGACAAUCAGUGACUUUCUUGCAUAUUUAAUGUUGUCUGGGUGGAGUACUGCGGGCAGGCUAGCAUGUCCCUAUUGUAUGGAGAAUUAUGAUGCUUUUACUUUGACAAAAGGUGGUAAGCAGUACUGGUUUGACAACCAUCAUAAGUUUCUGCCACUGAAUCAUCCAUAUAGAAAGGAUAAGAGCUCAUUUAGAAAGAAUAGAGUAGUAACCAUGCAGCCUACCCCAUUCCGGUCAGGUGAAGAUGUCUUAAAAGGGAUAGAAGAACUGGGACUUAAAAAGGUAACAGAACUUGGGGUUGAUAUUAUUAAUCAUCGGGUUAGUAGGUUUUCUGAUUUCAAGCUUUUGUUUACAUUUAUACAUUAUAAUUAUCAAAAUACUUACAUAUUAUUUUUCUUAUAUGUGAUCCAAAGGAAAUUUAUUGACUCCCUUCAUCAAAAUUUUCCACGAAUUACGGAGCAGGAAGUGGAUAAGAAACUUGAUGAAGAUUUUGCAUCAUGGUUCACAAGAUAUGCUCGAGUCCACAUAGAUAAUCAGUUCAUCAAGGCGCUUGCAGAGGGUCCAUGUCGAUCAACGAAACAAUACACUGGUUAUAAUGUCAAUGGCUUUAAAUUUCACACUAAAGGUCGCAGUUUUUCUAGAGCAUCUGAUAACAGUGGCGUUUGCAUAAAAGGAACCAAUUAUAGUGCAGACGACAAUGACUACUAUGGUGUGCUUACCGAAAUUCUUGAAUUAGAGUACAAGGGCAGUACACCAAUCAAAAGAACAGUUUUAUUUAAAUGUGAAUGGUUUGACCCCACACCAAAUGUAGGGAUGAACAUUCAUCCGAAAUAUAAACUUGUGGAUAUCAACCAUAAAAGGAAAGUGAAGAAGUAUGAACCAUUUGUUUUGGCAAUGCAAGCAGCUCAAGUGUAUUAUGCUUCUUAUCCUAGCUUACGACGUGAUAAGAAUGGUUGGUGGGCUGUGUGCAAAACAAAAGCUCGGGGUAUUGUGGUUAUGCCUCCGUCAUAUUUAUCGUCUCCUCUUAUAGAUGUUGCAGAGCCAUUUCAAUGUGACGAAGAUGGUUUAAGAUUUGAUGUGGUGUACGAUAAUGAAAAUGUAGUCCGAAAUGAUCCAAAUGGAGAAUUCAUAAAUUUAAGAGAUGAGAAUGAUGAUUUAGAUGAUGAGACAGAAUUUCAUGAUGAACCAGAAUCAGAAUCAGAUGAUGAAAAUGAGAAUGAAGAGGCAUACUGUGAAAGUGGCAGUGAAUAG